AUGUCUCUGGAAAAACUAUUAGAUUAUUUGGAGCCAAAAACGUUCGGCAAAAUUCACUAUGUGUCAGUGGUUUUUUGGAUCCUGAUUGGUGUCAUCUUCCUUGCUAUAUUCGCCGACAUGGAAAACAGCGAACCCAGGUUUGAUUUCCGCUGUGGCGCAGCGAAAAGUCAAAACAUCGACCUCGUCCGGGGAAUAUGUUACGAGAAAUACCAGGAGCAAUACAACAAAUUCGCUUUGCCUGUCUAUGGCUUCGUAAUCAUGAAUUUCUUCCUUAUUAUAUUCGUAUGUGUUAUCUACUCUCAAAUAGUAAGACCUACAGUCAAUCGACUGUCGCGAAGCAUUCGUAACGGUGAUCCAGAGAGACAAUCGCGCAACCAAGAGAACGCAUUAUCAACGGGAUACAAGCUUUUUAUCGCUUACUGCAGUCAACUAUCCACAAGACUUGUUUUAGGAGUUGUUUUCAUCAUCCUACAAACUCAGUUGCUUUAUCCUUUAAAGUUUCCCUCCAAGUUUCACUGUCAUUUAACCGAUGGAACCACUCAGCCAACGAAUUCAUCUGACAACGCCCAACACUCGACUUUGCACGCUUGUCACAAUCAACGAGCGGUAAAGAAAGCCUCCUGGAUGGACGCUGUCCUUGUGGUAAAUGUAAUUUUUGUCGUUGGCAUUCUGAUUGAAAUCGUCUACAUUUUUGUUAGGGCAUGCAAAGAAAGGGAUUUCAUGCAAAACUCAAAGUUUCAAGCAUCUCAUCUAAAUCCUCCCGAAGAAUCUCAGCAGCAAGAAGAAAGAACACAACUUGUAACAAACAACCCACAUGACCCUCAGCGGCAAGAACGGACAGAAACAAACAUCCCACAAGAAGUUCACCAUGUAGAGGAAAGUAAAGACCAUGAGACUAACAUCCCACAUCAACCGAGCGGGCCUGAACAAUUCGUAAAAUCACCGCUUCAGCAAUUCAUCCAGAAUACAAAGAAAAUGAUAAUGGACGACACUUAUCAACCUCCACAACUUCAGUCGCUUUUUCCAAGUCCUCCUGGCAAAGGACACCCACCUAAACAUUUGACUCUGGAUCAGAUUUACACAAACCUUGUUGUUGUACCUAACAUGGCUGAUUAUGACUUUACUGAAGACAGAGGGAAGAAUUUGGAAAUCUACGCCAGGUCGGGUGUGAAAAACGAAACACCGAGAGGGCCAGAGGACAUUCUUAAUCACGAAAACAAAAACAUUUUGAUCGUCGGUCGUCCCGGUAUCGGAAAGACACUUUGUUGUACAAAAAUUCUCAGAGACUGGGCAUCUAACAAAGUAUUCCAUGAAACAACCGAUGACAAAAUCCACUUUGAUGCUGCUUUCUUCGUCAAAUUCAGAUUAUUCAACGCUGCAACCGACCUUAGCCUUAGGGAGCUACUGACCCGCUCCACAUACUCACCCAGGAAGGAGCUGGAUGAGGAAGUCUGGAAUUACAUCCUAGAAAACCCGCAGAAAGUUCUCCUUAUUUUCGAUGGAAUUGAUGAAUUCAAAGAUAAAUCAAAGAUCGGCAAGGAAAAUAAUAAACCUCAAUUCAAAAACAGCGUAGACGAGAAGAUGCCCCUCUCCGCGCUUUAUGCCAAACUAACGACUGGAAUACUUCUCAAAGGGGCAGCAGUUUUAACUACAACAAGACCUACAGCUCUGUCACGCAUCGAAAGUAUUCGUUUUGACAAAACACUUGAGAUCCUUGGCUUCUCAUCCGAACAAGUCGAAGAAUACGUAACCAAAUUUGCUGAAGAAGACAAGGACGCAGGCGACACAGUAAAGCGUCACAUCACCAGCAACAUCAAUAUCUUAUCUCUAUGUUACAUUCCUGCGAGUUGCUUCAUCAUUUGCUCAAGUCUCUUUAAAAUGGUGAAGUUCUAUACUCCUAGAGGUCUUAACCUACCAACAAGUUUAACAGGCAUAUACAAGAGAGCCGUGAAAAUUUUCUACUUGAGACACAACGAAGAAUUUCGCUAUGAACCUUUCACUCGCAAAGACUUUGAAUCAGAUGAAUUGCCCCCCGAAGACGAAAAAAAAUUGGAGAAACUAGAAAAAUUGGCAUUUGAAGGAAUUAAAGAAGGAAGGCUGAUCUUUGGAGCAAACGAAGUACGCGGAAUGGAAGACAGCGCUCUAUUUCACCGCUUACCCGACCGUGAAGUUGACUCGUUUAGUAGCGAAGGACAGUUCUGUUUUAUUCAUCUAACAAUGCAGGAGUUUUUCGCUGCGAAGUACCUAACUAACAUGAGUGAAACAGAAUUAAAAACUUUUGUUCAAAUGAACAUUAAGAAAGGCAAAUGGCAGCUGGUUUUUCAGUUUGUAGCAGGAUUAAUGGAGAAUAAAAAUAACCUACCAAGCGAAAUUAUCACAGACCUUCUUCCUGUGAAAACUGAAGAAAAAGAAGACGAAUACUACAACGUACAGUGGACAGAGAAUGAAGAGAAAACGAAAGUGACCCGCUGGCCGACUUAUGACGAACAAUAUUUAGCAGUGACAUUAAUGAAAUGUUUAAACGAAAAUAGUAGAAUGAAGUCAGAAGCACAGAGAAAACUUCAACAAAUUAACUUUAAUUGUGUAAAUUUUAUCAAUUGUGACCUCACAGCUGUUGAUUUCUCUUCGUUAGUAAAUGUAAUUAAUGUUCAACAAAUUUCACAUUUAGAUUUAAGUGGCAAUAACAUUGGUCCAUUAGGUUGUUUGGAGAUUUGUAAAUUGUUAAAAUGUAGGAAAUCUCAACUGAGCUGGUUAAACCUCACAUUUAAUCAAUUGACAGAUGAAGCAGCAAAGUAUUUAGCUGAAGCCAUCAACAACAACAACUGUCAGCUACGCACGUUAAUCCUCUGGAUAAAUAAAAUCUCAGACAUUGGAGCACAGCACUUGGCUGAAGCCAUCAACAACAACAACUGUCAGCUACGCACGUUAGACCUCAGAGCAAAUAACAUCACAGAAGCAGGUGAGCAAAAGGCACGUAAUUUACUAAGCAAUAGUCAGUCUAAAUGUGAGCUAAAAUUUUUUGAGGCCUCAGCAAUUCCCAUUAAAAACUAA